AUGCUGAAACUGCCGAGCCGUUUGAUGGAAGUUUUUGGGUCUAGCAGUCGAAGAUUGGCCUCAACCGCGCCAUUGUUUGAUGGUCGCAAACUUGCAGUUAUCACAUUGGAUGCCAUGAACACAAUAAUACGGGUGUGCUGCAGACUGAAACAACGUCCAGGGAAUACAUAUGCGGAAUUUGCAAAACGUAUCAAUAUCGAUUGCUGCGCGGAUGCACUCAACAAUGUUUUUCGGGGAAACUUCAAAAAACUCUCAAAAAAGAAAUUAUGCUACGGUUACAAGAAGGAUGGUGCAGCUGCAUGGUGGACGGAGCUCAUCAAGAAUUGCUUUGCUGAUGCCGGAAUUAAAGAUGAAAAAAUAGACGAAUUGGGCAGAAAAUUAUUCGAUUAUUUCGCCACAAUUGAACCAUGGGAUCUGGUUGAUAAACAACGAGGAAUUCGAUUAGCUGUAAUAUCGAAUUUUGAUGGGCGUUUGCGAAAAAUUUUGGAUGGCCACAAACUAUCGGCGUUUUUCGAAGCGAUGUUUCUGAGCGGUGAAAUUGGCACCGAAAAACCGAACAGGCAAGUGUUCGAAAAAGCUGCGAAAUAUUUCGAAAUCACGAAUAUGGACGAAAUGCUACAUGUGGGCGACGAUGAGGACAAGGAUUUCAAUGGUGCGCGAAAUGCUGGUGCACGAGCGCUUAUUUUUAGCCCGGAGAAAGCAGCAUGCGACAGCACUGGACAUGUAAUUUCAUCUUUAAACGAUAUAAUUUUGAGGUUAAGCUAA